AUGUUCCUAACCUUCACCCCCAUGCAUUAUGAUGUGAGACUGAACGAGAGCAUGCAGCAUGCCAACUGCAGCAUCAUCCAACGGCCAUUAACCAUCGAGCAAGUCGCCAAUAUGGAAUGGGCGGUUGACGCAGUGAAGACUCGCAAGGCCCAAAUCAAGGUAUUUCGGCACGACCCCGAAUUUAAGAUCAUAGACAUCACCAACCUGGCCUUGUAUAGAGCUGAUGCCCACCUCCAAUCCUACUUCGAUGUUGAAGGAGGGAUUGACUGCCUCCACUGGUGUAUUCCUGACCAAGCUGAGCUUGCCGUCGAAUCCCAAACUACGCCGGAACAGCAAUCCGAACCUGAGAAGCCGUCCGAGCCUAAGCCAGAACGCGAAACCGCGGUUUCGCCAUCAACCACCUGCGAUCUAACCGUUGGGAGCUGGGUGGCCAACCCAUCCCGCCAGCCGCAGUACACGGGGGAGAGCUGCAGGAGCCUGAGUCGGGCGCUUAACUGCCAGCGCAACGGGUGGGUCAACAUGCGGUACCUGCAAUACGAGUGGCGCAGCCCUGGCUGCCGCAUUGAGAGGUUCGAUGCAUCUGCCUUUCUGGAGCGCAUGCGCAACAAGGUGUUUCUGGUCGUGGGGGAUUCGCUCACUUUGAACUUCUUUUCGGCGCUCCAAUGCCUCGUUGAGACAGUCACCCCGACCAAGGUGUGUUGCACUGUCCAGUCUUCUCCCUCUCCCCUCUCUCCUUUCAUGUCUCCCCUCUCCCUUCUCGUUUCUGUCUCCCCGUUUCAACACAUGGACUGUGCAUCUGGACCAGAGCAACACAUGGACUGUGCAUCUGGACCAGAGCAACACAUGGACUGUGCAUCUGGACCAGAGCAACACAUGGACUGUGCAUCUGGACCAGAGCAACACAUGGACUGUGCAUCUGGACCAGAGCAACACAUGGACUGUGCAUCUGGACCAGAGCAACACAUGGACUGUGCAUCUGGACCAGAGCAACACAUGGACUGUGCAUCUGGACCAGAGCAACACAUGGACUGUGCAUCUGGACCAGAGCAACACAUGGACUGUGCAUCUGGACCAGAGCAACACAUGGACUGUGCAUCUGGACCAGAGCAACACAUGGACUGUGCAUCUGGACCAGAGCAACACAUGGACUGUGCAUCUGGACCAGAGCAACACAUGGACUGUGCAUCUGGACCAGAGCAACACAUGGACUGUGCAUCUGGACCAGAGCAACACAUGGACUGUGCAUCUGGACCAGAGCAACACAUGGACUGUGCAUCUGGACCAGAGCAACACAUGGACUGUGCAUCUGGACCAGAGCAACACAUGGACUGUGCAUCUGGACCAGAGCAACACAUGGACUGUGCAUCUGGACCAGAGCAACACAUGGACUGUGCAUCUGGACCAGAGCAACACAUGGACUGUGCAUCUGGACCAGAGCAACACAUGGACUGUGCAUCUGGACCAGAGCAACACAUGGACUGUGCAUCUGGACCAGAGCAACACAUGGACUGUGCAUCUGGACCAGAGCAACACAUGGACUGUGCAUCUGGACCAGAGCAACACAUGGACUGUGCAUCUGGACCAGAGCAACACAUGGACUGUGCAUCUGGACCAGAGCAACACAUGGACUGUGCAUCUGGACCAGAGCAACACAUGGACUCGCUCUCUUCUCUACCAUCCACAGGCCGACAGGACCAGUGCAAGCAUAUAGUUGGUGCAUCAGAAUCAGGUGGAGGCGAUAGGACGAGUAGUGCAAGCACGUGGACGGUGCAUCUGGACCAGGUGCAUCCGGAGUGGGCGGCUGUGCUUCAAUACACCGACUAUGUGGUCUUUGGGGUUGGUGCUUGGUUCACCACAGGUCGUGUGAAGACGCGGCACUACAUGAUCAACAAUACCGAGCAGCCAAACAACCGCAUAGCCACCAUGCAAGCAGCCCUCCGUACAGUCACACGCUUCACCCGCAGCAUCAACUACACAGGGGUGCCCAUUUUCCUCACCUACUCGCCCAUGCAUGGCAACGUGCGAGUGAACAGCACUGCACCCUCGCUUGGCUGUAGUGCCUACAUGGACCCGGUAAAGCCCGAUGCUGUGGAAGUGCCACAGUGGAAUAAAGACUGCAUAGGAGUUCGGAACGCACAGAUUGAGUUGGUUCGACAAUUGAAGGAGUUCAAAGUGGUUGAUGUGACUGCACUCUCUGUUCUUCGGCCGGACGGGCACCUCCAAGACCACUCUGAACGUGUAACGGAAACGAAUUCUGCGUCAACUGCUGCGGAAGGCAAAGCCGAGUUUGCCGGCGAAUCCCGACCUACGCCGGAGCAGCAAUCCGAACCAGAGGCGCCGUCCGAGCCCAAGCCAGAAGGCGAAACCGCGGUUUCGCCAUCAACCACCUGCGAUCUAACCGUUGGGAGCUGGGUGGCCAAUCCCUCCCGCCAGCCGCAGUACACAGGGGAGAGCUGCAAGAGCUUGAGUCGGCAGUUCAACUGCCAGCGCAAUGGGCGUGUCAACAUGCGGUACCUGCAGUACGAGUGGCGCAGCCCUGGCUGCCGCAUUGAGAGGUUCAAUGCAUCUGCCUUCCUGGAGCGAAUGCGCAACAAGGUGUUUAUGGUCGUGGGGGAUUCCCUCUCCAUGAAUUUCUUUGCAGCCCUUCAGUGCCUCAUCGAGACUGCCACUCAAACCAAGAGCAGGGACGGCCCGCUGUUCCCAGGAGGACCAAGGACUCGAGCCGUGAUUGCACCGCGCUUCAAUGCUACCUUCCUAAGCCACGCCUCCUCCUUCCUUGUCAAAUCCAUUCCCAGUGGCGCUCCAAGCACUGCCAGCACAUGGACGGUGCAUCUGGACCAAGUGCAUCCUAAUUGGUCGCCCGUGGUUCAAUACUCCGACUAUGCAAUCUUUGGGAUCGGAGCUUGGUACACCAUUGCCAAUCUCAAGAAGCGGCACUACAUGUUGGGCAACAAGGAGCAGCCAAGCCAGGACCGCCUCGCCACCAUGCAAGCCCUCCAUACAGUCGCACGCUUCACCCGCAGCAUCAACUACACAGGGAUUCCCAUGCUGCUAACCUACUCGCCCGUGCACGUCAAAGUGCGCGUCAACAGCACUGCUCCUGAGCUCGGCUGCAGCUCCUACAUGCGGCCCGUGGGGAUGGAGGCUCUGGAAGGGGCCCAGUGGGCUACAGACGCAAUGGCGGCUCGAUAUGCGCAGAUCGAUGUGCUGCGGCAAUAUAAGGAGUUCAAAGUGGUUGACGUGACUCCACUCUCUGUUUUGAGGCCGGAUGGGCACCUUCAGAACCACUGUGAAAGUCCCAAGGGGCUUGAUUGCCUGCAUUGGUGUCUACCUGGCAUACCCGAUACAUGGUCUGACAUUCUUUAUUCUCAUGUUAUGGAAUACAUAUAG